AUGGCACCUAGCACAGACAAGUUUAGCUUAUUGCCUCACUCUUUGCUCUCCACUAUUAUUUCCUUGAUACCGUUUAAGGAAGCAGUAAGAACCUCAAUCCUCUCUAAAAAUUGGGUAGACGUUUUUAAGUAUACCUCCAACAUCGAAUUUGAUGAAGUGUCUUUUGUGAAAGAUGAUAAACCUUAUCGAGUCAGACAAGCCCAAAGAAAGGCUUUUCUAGAGUUUGUGUUGUUUUGGAAUUCUAAUCACACAAAAACUGUUGUGGAUAAGUUCUCUUUGAGAUUAUCAUUGCCCGGAAAAGCUAAGAGAGUUGUGAGGGAGUGCAUUUCCUUUGCCACAAAACACGGUGUGAAGGAGUUGGAAUUGGACUUUUCUGAUCCAACAUUGGAUUGUUAUUUUACUACUAAUUAUAUUAAGCAUGAGGCCUUGUUUGACUUGCCAGCACAUGUUUAUGGCCACAUUUGUCUUGAAUCUUUGAAGUUGUUUUCAUGCAGAAUUGUUGAGGCUGAGUUGCUUAACUUUCAUGGACUCAAAGAAAUUUCUUUGGGUUGGAUGGAAGUAAAACUCAUGACUAUUAAGACCUUGUUUUCAAAUUGUGAGGCGCUUGAGAAUUUAAGUCUCAAGAGGUGUUGGACUUCAGAUGACUUUGAUUUACGGGAGGAGAACCUAAGGUUGAGAAAGUUGGUCGUGGACAGAUGCAUGUUUAGAUCUAAUAGUCGUUAUUUUAUAGUCAAUGCUCCAAACUUAAGAUAUUUCUAUUAUUCCGGGUUGAAUGAUAAUUUUUUAGUUAUGGACAUACGUUCCCUUGUGAUGGAAGAGGAAGUUUUUGACUUUUCAAUUGAGUUUGAAGGACAUGCUCUAUUUCUCUACAAACUAGUGGAAGAUAUCUCCAGCGGCAGUACUUUAACUGUGAGCAAUUAUUUCCUUUAG